AUGCCAAGCGAAAAGAUUAAGAGACCUGCCAAGAUGUUCCACUUACACGGCCCACAACUGCUGCAGAUGUUAGAGAAAUCCUUGAGGAAGAGUCUCCCUGAGUCCUUAAAGGUUUACGGGACCGUCUUCCACAUGAACCAGGGAAACCCAUUCAAUCUAAAGGCCCUGGUGGACAAGUGGCCUGAUUUUAAGACCGUGGUUAUCCGCCCUCACGAGCAGGAGAUGGCAGAUGACUUUGAUCAUUACACCAAUACCUACCAAAUCUAUUCUAAGGAUCUCAACAGCUGUCAAGAGUCCCUUGCCACAUCAGAUGUCAUCAACUGGAAACAGCAUUUGCAGAUCCAAGGUUCACAGUCCAGUCUGAAUGAGGUGAUACAGAGUCUUGCAGCCACUAAAUUUGUUAAGGUCGAGCACACACAGUGCAUUCUCUAUGUGAUGCCUGAGACAGCGAGGAAACUUCUUCCUUCCCUGCUAGAGACAAAGAACUUACCUGUUGGAUACGGCGCACCCAAAGCCAUUAAUGAGGAGAUGUUUAAGCUCUCAUCCAUGGAUCCUACCCAUGCCGCUUUGGUGAAUAAAUUCUGGCAUUUUGGUGGCAACGAGAGGAGCCAGAGGUUCAUCGAGCGCUGUAUCCGGACCUUCCCCACCUUCUGCCUGCUGGGGCCCGAGGGGACCCCCGCCUCCUGGUCCCUGAUGGACCAGACGGGAGAGAUCCGGAUGGGGGCCACGAUGCCCGAGUACCGUGGCCACGGGCUCAUCUCCCACAUGCUGGCUGUCCACACCCGGGCUCUGGACCAGCUUGGCAUCCCCGCGUAUAACCACACAGACAAAGCCAACAAAAUCGUUCAGAGAAUCAGCCACAACCUGCAUCACAUCGCCAUCCCCUGUGGGUGGAACCAGUGGAACUGUGAGCCGCUGUGA